AUGAACCACUUCCUCCUAACCAUAAUUACAAUCGGUGCCUUUGUGGUUCCAGCAUUUUCGGGUGACAUUAAAACAAACUCGAUAGAUAAAAGUGAAUUUAAAAAAUCGUUCGGUAAAAUCUGCGACGAUUCUUCUUCAUCUUUCACUUGUUUAAAAAUGAACGUAGCAGCCUGGAUGGACAGAGUUAGUGAUACAGACAGUCUCGAUGUGUUUCCUGGUGUUUCGAUAGUGCGAGAACAGAAUAGUGUGACAGAAAAAACCGGUGAUAUAACUGCAGAAUUAGCUCGGCAGUUUCCCGAUGAUCCAAAUGCGCGUAUCGAUGCUUUUCUGCUUAAAAAAGUGUCCAGUUUCUUCACCAAUCACGCUAUCAAGUUGAAUUUCUGGAAUAACGCUGCUGAAAAUGAUUCAGUUGUUACAGCAAGGAAGAAGGAUAAAAAAGGAGAUGGAGGUAUGGGAAUGAUGUUGGCUAUGGGUGCCAUGAUGAAAGGAACUCUGAUGGCGAUAGCAAUGGGAGGUUUGGCCGCCUUAGCUGGAAAAGCCCUAAUGACUGGUUUGAUCGCGUUACUUUUAUCAGCUAUCACUGCACUGAAAGGAUUAUCAAGUGGAGGAGGGCAUUCAACUUAUGAAGUGAUUGCUAAACCUGUUUAUUCUGCUUCACAUUCGCAUUCUGUGGCUCAUGAAGGUGGAUGGGAUGGUGGAAACUAUGGACAUAAGAGGAGUCUGGAUCAAGCGCCGUUACCUUUAGGAUUAGCUCAAAAUUAUAUUCCUAAGUAA